GGGAGCAGACGGCAGGCGAGGUGCCCGGACAGUCUCCUGGUCGGAGGGAGCGCGCACGGAAGACAGGCGGCCGGAGGCUGUCAUGGCGGCGGCAAUGCACGCGGCGGCGGCGGCGCAAUACGUGUACACGGACUACCGCCUCGCGCGGCUGCUGGGCGAACUGCGGGGGCGGCUGCCCGGGGACAGCUGGCUGCCGCAGCUGCUGGGACUGCAGUUCUUCACCACGUGGAGCCAGGUGCUGCAGCAGGGAUACUUCGCGGCGCGCCUGGUGCAGGACCUGAGAGGUUAUCACCGCGGCGACAGCGCCCUCUCGCUGCUGUUCGCCGGCGCGGUGCUGCCCUCCUCGGCGUGUCUCGUGGCGUGUGGACAGCUGGUGGUGGUGGACUACUGGAGCCUGGUCUGGCUGGACCCCGGCCUGCUGGAUGACCGCGAGCUGCUGGAGGCGGUGCCCGCCUGGAUGAACCACGUGAUGCACUCGGGGGUGCUGGCGUGGUGCUGCCUGGAGCAAGCCUGCCACCCCCGCCUGUGCUACCCCCUGCGCCGCCGGGGGCUCGGCGUCUUCUCGGCCCUGGUGCUGGCCUACCUCGGGCUAUGCGUGUACGUGCUGUCCCAAGAUGACGUGUGGAUAUACCCUUUCUUCAAGUCCAUGUCUCCUGUACAGAAGGCCGCCUUCUUCCUCUACAACUACGCCAUAGGGAGCACCGCGUACUUGGCGGGGGAGCGUCUGCACGGAGCCUUCAGAGGAUCGAGCAACAGACACACGAACAUGCAAGUGGACUCUACAACGUGUGGACCACGCCUUCCUGGGACUCCAGUCAUCCGCCGAUUACAGAGAACUGGAGACAUUAAGGAGCCUUCACGUAGACGAGUGUCUUCUUGGCUUUCAGGGACAUGAUAAGUGCAUCUGAGGAAGGUUUCAAAUAGUUUCAGAACAGGAGAGUUCUCUAUGUAAAUAGUUACGUUUAUUAUCAGGAACAUUGAUUUACAUUCCUCGCCAAAAAAAAAUAAUUCUCAACUAAUGAGUUUGUUUAUAUAAAAAAUUAAGCAAACAAUAAAAAAAAGGAAAAUUAUUUUUGACUUGUUUAUUUUUUUGAGUAUACAAAGCUUAUAAACUUGCAAUUAGGUAAUAGAAAUUACUAUGUACAAAACCACUUAUUUAAAUAAUGGUCAAAAUAUACAAAUAUAUAUAUAAUAGAGAUAUGUCCAUGUACCCUAAAAGAAGGUACAAAAUUUUGUAAAUUGAAAUGCAACAAAAUACUUCAUACUGUGAUGUUAACUCUUCAUAUUGUAAUAUAACCUAUUCACAACUUUUUUUCUAUCUCUAACAUUAAUUUUUUUUGACAAUUGUGUAUAAACUCUAACACAAGAGUUAGAUAAAAUAUGAUGUCUCAAAAGCUAAUUCAAGGUACAAAAUUUAAUGUAGAAUUUUUCAAACUUUUUGUCUGGUUUCAUGUUACCUUUCAAAACAAAACACAUCAACAUAAGUCAGUCUUCUCUCAACACAACAUACUGGGUAAAAAUUUAUAGUUGUGUAUUUUUAAAACAUAAAAAAAAAACCCAUAGUGUCAUUCACUUUAGUAACAUGGUUUUAUAAACUGUACAAGGUUGCCUUAUAUUUUUGAUGAGAAUCUGAUGUUUAAUUAACCACUGUGUUGUUUAACGAUCCAUACUGGAUCGAAACCCCGCAAUUAUUAUAAGCAACAUCGC